AUGGUCAAGUCUAAGCCGGCCCGGGAUGCGCUGGUCGGAAACCCGCGCCCUGCAUCCCAGCAGGCGAGGCAGGCCGCGAUGGACUACAUUGACGACGAGCGCAAUCCCGUCGUGCUCGAUGAUCGGUGGACCCCCAAAUACUACGUGGUCUACAACCUGCGAGGACCUCAGGCGCACGGCAGGAAGUACGGCAUCUUCACGAACUGGAACGAUACCAAGGUCCAAACUGAAGGCUGCAAGAACAAAAACACUACUGCUUCGACUUUCGACCAGGCUAUGAAUCUUCUAGUAGAGGGGCUGGCCCUCGAGAUCGACGAUGGCUCUUUGUUGAAUUAUCCCCCGGUACAUCCAAGUCAAUCCACCGUACUCGCCCCUACACCUGCGUCGGCGCCUGCCCCGGUCAAGCGGCCGAGGGAGGAGGAGCCCGAGCCUCACCCGGAGACUUCAGCUGCCUUUUUCGUUGACUUACAUCGAUCUAAAAAGGUCAAACACGAGGGAAAUUACCAAUCUGGUACACCUCAGUCACCAAUCAUGGUGGAGGAUUAUUCCGAUCAGGAGGCAACCGAAGAGGGGCAGGAUUUCUAUGAGGCCGCAAUCAAAGGGGAGGGGGCUUUUGAGGACGAGGAAGAAGCAAUGAGAGAAGCUGAGGGGUUUAUACCUCUCAGUGGCUACUCCAGUCAAACGAACGAGUAUAUUAAACGCGAAAAUGAUCGCCGGGGAGGCGGGGAAGACCCGCCAGUCGUAGAGGAGGCCCCAGAGCUACCCCUCUGUCCUGAACAGCAGCACGCCCUGGAUCUGGCCAUGCAGGGCCAAAAUCUCUUCAUCACUGGAUCCGGCGGCUGCGGCAAAUCAGUCCUGGUGAAGGCCCUCAACAAGGCCUUCGACGCUCAGGAGAAGACCGUCUACCUCGUCGCACCCACGGGCCAGGCCGCCACAAACAUCAACGGCAGGACAACAUAUUCCUACGCCGGAUGGAGCACCACCGCCCCGGCGGAGACACUCAGGACCCUCAUCCAAGAGGCCCGUCGCAGGAGCGUGUGGGAGCGCAUCAUGGGCACCGACGUCCUCAUCAUCGACGAGAUCAGCAUGGUCGAGAGCGAGUUCUUCAACCGCCUCUCCGACGUCCUAAUUGCGCUCCGACGGGAAGCAUUCCUCCGCAGCUACCCCAAUGUCGUCGAAACCCAGACCGCGGAAUCGGUGGAGCGACCAUUCGGCGGCAUUCAGGUCAUCGCCGUCGGCGACUUUUGCCAGCUGCCCCCGGUGCUACCGUUCAGCUACUGCACUGAGGAGGUGGCGUAUGACCAGUUUGGCGGUACUUCGACGCCGUGUGGGAAGAUGGACUUCGACAAGAAAGGCAACCUGCACUUCUGUCCUCGAAACAGGGAGCACCCCAGCUUUCGGGAUGUCGAAAAAUGGGCUUUCAACUCGCGGACCUGGGAACAGUGCAACUUCCAAUACAUCCAUCUAACCAAGAUCCAUCGGCAAACCGAUGAGCGAUUCAUCACGAUGCUCCAGAACAUCCGCCUCGGCCACACAACUGACGCCGAUCUUGACGUCCUGCUGCAACCUCGCCAAGUCAGGGAUGGCAUAGCCCUGUUCAGCCAUAAGCAGAAAGCCAAGGAUCACAACAACCGGGAGCUUAACAAGCUUCCCAGCCGGCCAGAAAAAUUACUUUCCGUGGACUACCCUAGAGACCUUGGCGACAACAACGACAAGCACCGUUUCGACAAGCAAUUGACCCUCAAAGCCGGCAUGCCGGUUGUGCUGCUGGCUAACCUCGACGUCGAGAAUGGCCUCUGCAACGGCAGCCAGGGCAAGCUCCUCCGUUUCGUACGGACGCUGCACGAACACAACAAACCCAAAAUGCCCGAAGAGAAGAGUUACAAGGGAGACCACUACGCCUACGAGCUCGCAUGCGCUAGAUACGACCAAAUGACCGACUACAUCAAUGGCGCAUCAGGCGUCGAGGGUUUCCCCGAAGUCAUAUUCGCAAACGGCCAGCGACGCGUCAUCGUGCCUUACUGCAACAUGCACGACAUCGAAACAGCGAUGGAGCAAACCCCCCACGGGUCGAGGAAGGUCCUCACGGGGUACUCGGCGCGCACGCAAAUCCCCCUCGUCCCGGGCUGGGCCAUGACCAUCCACAAGAGCCAGAGCCUGUCGCUCGACCGCGUCAUCGUCAACCUGGAGGACGUCUGGGACGGGAGGCAGACGUACGUGGCCCUGAGCCGCGCGCGAUCGCUCGGCGGUCUCAAGGUCAUCGGGAACAAGGCCAAGAUGAGGAGGACGCUGCCGCUGGACCCCGAGUGCGACGGCAACCCUAUCCAAUGCUCAGCAUGCAAAUACCGGGAGUCUGAUUGUGAAUACGUACACGCCCCGAAUAAUCGCAAACCCCCGAAGAAGGAAUACGUGGCUGCGCUGCAGGCUCGUGUGAAGAGCCUUGAAGCCGAACUCGCCCGAUUGCGGGGCUCCGGUGAGGGCGGUGACUUUGCCCACGCUGCUGAUACCGAACCCCGGGAAGCCGGCGACGAAGAUGAACGGAUGUCACCGGAGUCCUCGACCAGUCACGGCACAUCCGGGACAAUGUCAGUGGCGAUGGAAGAAGUCACUGAUAUCCUCGGGCGCUUUGCGAUUGGGGAUGGCGGGGAGCUCUGUUACUUUGGCUCCCGGAGCAAUUUGAACCUCUUGAGGAGCGCGACGAUCCGCUCAACGUCGAACAUCGAGAUGCAGCACAGAGGCUAUGAGGCUGCCAAGACCCAAGUGGGACUCGUUGUAGUGUCCCAAGACCUUCAGACGCACCUUCUGGACUUAUUUUGGAAGUGGCAGAACUCGUGGCAGUACAUCGUUUGCAAAGCGCCCUUUCUGCAGGAUCUGAGCAGCCACCCGGGCAGCCCCUUCGGGCGAUUUUGUUCUCCUGCCCUAUUUUACGCCAUCUUGGCACUUGCUUCGAGGUACACCGACGAUGUACGUGUCAGGACUAACCCGAGCGACGCAAAUACCGCGGGAGAUGCAUUUGCGGCCCAGGCCCGGGUAAUGCUGCACUAUGAGUGUGAAGCGCCAAACCCGACCACCGUCCAGGCUUUAGCCUUGACGUGCUUGCGCGAGAUGUCCGUCGACAAGGAGGCCCUCGGGUGGAUGUACUGCGGUAUGUGUGUACGCAUGGCUAUGAACUUGGGUAUGCACCUGGACUGUUCGCUGUGCCUCUCGGAGGGAAUACUCAGCGCCGAAGAGGCUGAAGUGAGAAACGUGACAUGGUGGGGAUGCUACGUGCUUGAUAAGCUCUUCAACAUUGGUCUGGGGAGGCCGUCCAUGAUCCAGGCGCGGGACGUCACAGCUGAGCUGCCGAACACCUGCUGCGUGGAGGAGCUGGAACCAUGGCAAGGGGCAUCCAGCCUGGUCAAUCCCAUUUCAACCGCUGCAUCUCACAGUAUCACGAAUGCUAUCUAUACCUGCAAACUCUUGGGAGCCAUGGGCGACAUUCUCGAUGCUAUCUACACUCCGUCAGACGAUAGAACCAGGGUUCAAACCGAAAGCGUGGUGUCGGGAGGUCAUUUCAAGCUUCUCAAGGUUUUAGACGAUUUGCCCCCGUGUCUAAAAAUUUCCAAGUCCUCACGUCACCCUUCGCCUCCGCAUGUGUAUCAACUUCAGUAA